UGCUGAAUAGUGGAAAUGGACGCCUUGCCGUAUAUUUUUCUCUUGGCUUGUGCCUUCUUUGCUUAUGGAGCUGAUGGACGCAAAACAUACAGUGACAUGUUUCCUCACAAGCAUGCUGUAGUAGGAAAGUUUCCUUUUCCAUUUCCACCAAUCCCUGGCUGGGAUCCUGACACCAACCCAUGGGACGAUUACCUCUACCCACCUCUAAUCCAAAAGCCAAAGGAGCUCAUGCACAGAAGAACUAAACCCAAAGUUCGUCUGACCAGUGACAGUCCAGCUCUAAAUGGCUCUUGCAUCUCCUUCACUGCCAAGCUGGAGUAUCCUCCGUGCCAGAAGGAAGAUGCCAAUGGGGUCCUUGUCUGGGAUGAGCACUGUGAGGACGGUACGGAGCUGGAGGCCUCAGCCAAUGGACAGGUUCGUUCUGGCUACGUGUACAACUGGACUUCCUGGUUAGAUGACUAUGGCUUUGGAAAGUGUACAGACAUGACGAAAUGCAAUGUGUUCCCUGAUGGGAAGCCCUUCCCUCAGACCAAUGACUGGAGACGCAGAAGCUAUGUCUACGUGUGGCACACAAUGGGCCAAUACUAUGAGACAUGCGAUGGCUCAUCGUCCAGCUUGACUAUCAACACCACCAACUUCCCAUUGGGGGCAGACAUCAUGGAGGUCAUGGUCUACAGGAAACGCGAGCGAAGGAAAUACAGUCCCCUCACCACUGACAACAACGUCUUCUAUGUCACAGAUAAGAUCCCGGUGGCAGUCAACAUCUCCCAGAAGGCUGCGGUCAACCAGUCUAAAAAUGUUUUCUUCCGUGGUGAGGAUGUGGUCUUUAAAGUCCAGCUUCAUGACCCCAGUGGCUACCUCAAAACUGCCGCCGCCAUUGACUACAACUGGGACUUCAGAGAUGGCAACCAGCUGGUAACACACCACGACGUGACCACACACACCUACAGCACGCUGGGGAGCAUCAGUGUGAAGAUGGUGGUGGAGGCAGCGUUCCCUGUGGAGUGUCCACCAGCUGCCGCCACCUCGACUCAGAGGAGCUCCACGUCACCAACCCCAACAGUACCACCCAGUACCAGCCGGCCCUUCCCCUCCUCCGCUCCCCCUGCCACAACAGGGUUGCCCACCACGGAGCCCCUCCCCCCUACUGCUGCCAGUGCAACCCCAGAGUACAACCCCACCACCCUGGCCUGGCUCCGCACCAGGCGCCUCAACAGCAACGAGUGUUUCCGCUACGCUUAUGGAACCUUCGUGGGUAACAUCACCAUUAUUGAACCCAAGCACACGCUGAACACCCAACCAAACAGUCGCAUUGUGGACGUGUCGGCUGCCAGAGUGACCAAAACUGACGUCAGCUUGCUGGUGAAAUGUCUCGGCAGCACCCCCACUUCAGCCUGCACCAUUGUGUCGGACCCCAGCUGCACUCAGGUGCGUGACAUUAUGUGCGAUGAUGUGCCGCCAUCGUCAGAGUGUGAGGUGCAUCUGCGGCGAACGUUUCUGGAACCUGGCACGUACUGCAUCAAUAUCACCCUGGAGGACUCCAGCAGCCUGGCCCUCGCCAGCACCACUGUCACCAUCAGCAAGUCCCAGGACACACCUGCGCCCAAUACUCCUCACACUGCAGAGGUGAUCCUCUCAUCGAGCGCUAUGCUGGUGGCUCUCUUUGCAUUCAUUGCCUAUCUAGUCUACAGGCGUUACAAGGUGUACCGACCAAUUCGUAGGACACCGGCAGAAGAUGUCUGCGGCCAUGCCGGGGUCAGAGGCCACAUGGUCCGCCUGAGGGAGACACUCUUCCCCUCCAGUGAGGAGAGCCGCCACCUGCUGAUUGAGAGACACCCCCUGUAGGCUUUAUAGAGCAACACUACAGUGCUUCUGCCCGAAACGCCAAAAAUACUUCAGAAAAAUCAUGACUGCCAUGUGCAAAUCGAAGCAAAAGCUGGAUCAUUAAGAGUCUAGAAAGCAGCAAUAGAUCUACU